AACAGUGCAAAUAAAUUGAUAAAAGUUUUGCAAAUAAUGGAUGUGUUUGAAGCUCAGGAUCCCGAUGCGGCCAAUUCGGAAGUGCUAGCGAUGACGAUAAAGAUGAUGCAGCAUCCGGCUUACGAAAACCCGUACGAUUGGACGACGAACGAUUUCGAGCUGGGCAAACCGCUGGGCCGCGGAAAGUUCGGUCGCGUUUACUUGGCCCGGGAACGUGAAACCAGCUUCAUGGUGGCAAUGAAAGUGAUGUUCAAGUCGCAGCUGACCAAAUGGAACGUCGAGAAGCAGCUGCUUCGCGAGAUUGAGAUCCAAUCGCGUCUCAAACAUCCACACAUCUUGCGUCUGUUGACGUGGUUCCACGAUGACCGACGGAUCUACCUGGCACUGGAGCUGGCCGCACAGGGAGAACUGUACAAGCAUCUAAAAGCAGCACCGAAAGGUCGCUUCGACGAGCGCCGUUCGGCUCGGUACGUCUCACAGGUGGCCGAUGCGCUCAACUAUUGCCACGCGAACAACGUUAUUCAUCGCGAUUUGAAGCCGGAGAAUAUUCUGCUUACCGACGAUGACAACAUCAAACUGGCCGAUUUCGGUUGGUCCGCACACUCGAACUCGAACAAGCGCAAGACGAUGUGCGGUACACUCGAUUAUCUGCCCCCGGAGAUGGUGGAAGGAAAGGUGUACGACGAUUCGGUCGAUCAGUGGUGUUUGGGCAUUCUCUGCUACGAGUUUCUCGUGGGCAAUCCCCCGUUCGAGUCACAGACAACACAAAACACCUACGACAAGAUCCGGCGGCUCGAGAUCAACUAUCCCCGACACUUGAGCGUGGGUGCGAUUGAUCUUGUGUCAAAGCUCCUACGCAUUCCAAGCAGCUCUCGCAUAACGCUGCGGAACGUGAUGAACCAUUCGUGGGUGUUGCAGAUGAAAAAUGAGAGGCCGUUGCGUUGAUAUCUCUUUUUUGUGUGUUUAUCAACGGUUCUUGGGC